AGCUUCUGAGUUUACAUGUGCUAAUGUUGCUAACGAAAAUAUUGGUUAGCAAAUGCCCAGUUUUGUUUUCAUAAAUGGACUCCUGCAAAGUAAUUUGGUCAAAGUUCACGAGUCUAGGUGAAGAUGGAAUUGUGUUUGCAAUAUAUAAAUGCAUCCGUAAUUCGUUGCAUUAUAAAAGACUGUGACAUCUCUGAGGCCUAACUUGUUUAAAUGUAGAGGGAGGGAUUUGGAUAAAACUGACAAAGGUAGAAAAACAUUUUAUUGGUAGUCGGGACUGGUCGGUCUUUUUGAGAAUAAUUUUGAAGAAGAAAGCUGUAAGGAUAGUGUAACCUCGUGUUGCUUUAUUCCUGUUAAUGUGGCGAACAGUUCAUCCGCUGAAUUAUAUAUCCUCAAUUGAACCUUUUGACCUCUCGGCAUUGUUUUGAUUUUAAAUUAACGAUGGCUUUAUAGCAGUGAUCGUGGAAGGCUUUAGCAUGAAUGACGCUGGGCAGGAAAUCUCGUAUAAAAGCCAGGAGGGGCCGAAGUCAAACCCAUUGGCUACUUGCUAUAAUAAAUCAGAAGAGAUAGCGAAGGGGAAACGAACGCCAGCGGCGAGCGAACCAGAGCAGAAGCCGGGAGAAGGAGCUUCCUGGGCGGCAUGAAAAAGCAAGCGUUGCCGGUAAUUUACAUGUCGAACAGGGUGCAGACUGCAGACUGGUGCGGUUGCCGGUCGGUUCGCCUGGCUCUGAGGGGGCUCUUCUGAAGGAUGCCGGCCGCGAGGCCCCGCUCCGGAUCCCGCUGAACUGCUCAUGUGCGAACGGCGGGGGGAUGGCUCACGGAAUGGCGUCGCAGGGCAAGGUGACGGUGGCCGUGGACGAGUACAGCGCCAACCCCACGCAGGCCUUCACCCACUACAACAUCAACCAGAGCCGCUUCCAGCCGCCGCACGUGCACAUGGUGGACCCCAUCCCGUACGACACCCCGAAGCCGGCGGGCCACACGCGCUUCGUCUGCGUCUCGGACACGCACUCCCGGACGGACGGCGUCCAGAUGCCGUACGGCGACGUCCUCCUGCACAGCGGCGACUUCACCGAGCUGGGCCUGCCCUCCGAGGUCAAGAAGUUUAACGACUGGUUAGGCAGCCUACCGUACGAAUUCAAGGUGGUCAUCGCCGGCAACCACGAACUGACGUUCGACAAGGACUUCAUGGCCGAGCUGGUCAAGCAGGAUUACUACCGCUUUCCCUCGGUGUCCAAGUUGAAACCGGAGGACUUUGACGACGUCCAGUCGCUCCUCACGAACUGUGUGUACCUGCAGGACUCGGACGUGACCGUGAAGGGAUUCCGCGUUUACGGGACGCCUUGGACGCCUUGGUUCAACGGCUGGGGCUUCAACCUGCCCCGCGGCCAGUCUCUCCUGGACAAGUGGAACCAGGUACCCGAGGGCAUCGACAUCCUGCUGACCCACGGGCCCCCGCUCGGUUUUCGGGACUGGGUCCCGAAGGAGCUGCAGCGGGUGGGGUGCGUGGAGCUGCUGAACACCGUGCAGAGGAGGGUCCGGCCCAAACUCCACGCCUUUGGGGGGAUUCACGAAGGGUACGGCAUCAUGACGGACGGGUACACGACGUACAUCAACGCCUCCACCUGCACCGUCAGCUUCCAGCCCACCAACCCCCCGAUCAUCUUCGACCUGCCCAACCCCCAGGGCUCCUGAGGCGGCGGGGCGCGCGGCACCGUCAGACCCCCCCCACCCCCCCCCUUUUUCUAAAACCGCUCGCCGGAGUCUACUACAUGUUCCUUUUCAGAAAGUGUCUGUCUUUUGUAAACUCGCUGGUACAAAAAAAACAUACAGGAAGGAGAGGAGCCAAAAUGGAGACCCGACCGGAGAAGCAGGGGGGGGGAAGAGAGGCCGUGUCAUUGAAAACGAGUUUGUUCUGUAAGAUAACAGAUUUUUUUGUGAAUUUGUAUAAUUUCCUUAUAUAUUUUUUUUUGUUUGAAGUCGCUGGAUACGUUGCUGUUAAAUGCCAUUUGUUAUUUUGUACUUUUGUUUUAUUGUUUUUUUUUUUUUUUUUUUUUUUUUUUUGGAGGACAAUUAAGCUUUCUUUUGGCCGACCGGGAAACUUGCCUCGCGUGAGCUUUGUGUGUGUGUACAGAACGGUGGUCGGCAGGCCCUCGUUUUCCAGUCGAGUUCAGGGAAUAAGCCGGUGUGAAAUUCUACUUGGACCUCACUCCCGAUAAUUUGCAGGGUGUCACAAGCAGAGGUGUAAAAAUCCAGGUUCAGAAAGUAAAAGGUCCACCCCAGUAUUUUGUUCCGAUCACCAGGAUUUGGUAGUUAGCACUGUUUGUUAGCCAGGAUGCAGAGCUAAUCAGUGAAUUCCGCUGGAUGAGUUUAACUGGUGGAGGAAACACGUGGCAGGACUUUUACUUUCUGACCCCUGGACUUUCCACCUCUGGUCACAAGAGUGUAGUAUUUAACUGCUGUGCUUUUUUUUUGUGUUAUCUUUUGCGAAAAUAUUGCAAAAAUAAUUCUGUUUUUGAAUGUUUUUGGUUUGGCAUACAUAUAGAGGUGUACAUCACAUUUCUGGAGUUAUGACCCUAAGCCAUAUAUUAUCUUGCCUUACGUGAGUUGAAAAUUUGCCCUAUUUUUGCAAAGUGAAAGCUAACAUUUUCCCCUACACGUCUGCCUGAACGAGGCUUAGUUGUCCUUUAAAUCGUAAAUAUUAUUGUAUUUGUGUUUUGUUUUUUUCUAAUUUUGCACUGUGUGUAAAUGCAAUCUUGCUAGCACAAAAAAUGUUGCCAGUAGCCGCUUCAACUUUGCUCUUGUAAAUUGCUUUCGGACUUAGUUUUUUUGUUUACGGAAGUUUAGAACUGCUUUUUCUUUCUUUCAAUUUAUUGUGCUAUAUAUUUAGCUGCCUUUAUAUGCAAAUAAAAUUGCAAGAUUUUUACUUAAAUAACUGUCUGUUUUUAAAAAAAUGCUUUAUGUCUCUCCAUUGUCAUUCAGCUGAUGAUGGCAUUCGCUGCAUAAAUUUUAUAAGCAUUAAAUUUAGCAGUGGCACUAGACUGAA